AUGGCGGAACCGCGCAAGAUCGAACUCCAAUCCCCCGAGGACCUACAACAUUUGAUCGCGAUAGCCCGACGCGCUGCGAAUGAGAAAAUAGACCAGGCGUUACCGCCUAUGGAGGGAGAUGUCGAGGAUGCGAUGAGAAAAGCUGUUGAGAAGGAUGUGCAUAAUUACAUCAACAACGUCUACACGGCCACAUUCCCUUCCAUAACACUCAACGGCCUCACCCCCGACCCAGAAAUCCUUCAAAAAACCGACAUCAACACGCAAGGCGUAGAAGAAGAAUACGAGCCCUUCAACGCGAAACUCUUCUCGCGCGCCAAAGACCUCGCGCGGCAGGAAGAAGACUUGAUUGAGGAAAUCGCCGCGCUGCGACGGAAGGUGCCAGGGAAGGUUUUGGAGGCCACGAAGAAGGGGUAUAGGGAAGGUGUUGAGGCGGAUGAGGAGGCGGUUAGGGGCGUGGAGGAGAGGGUCAGAGGCGGGGUGGUAAGGGGGGAUGUGUUGGGUGUGAGGGCGUUAGAUAGGCAGGGGGGUGUGGAGGCGGGGUGGAAAGAAGGUGUUGAGGGGUUGCAGAGGGUUUUGGGGGAGAUGCCAGGGGUGGUGGCCCGGUGUGAGAGGGCGGGGAAAGCGGAGGGGUAUGUGGAUGGGAUGGAGGGAAAGUGA